AUGUCCAAAAAAAACACGAAAACAAUACAACAAACCCCUCCCCUCCCCCCAAAAACCGACCAUCCCCCCGACAUCUCCCCACCCACCGUCCACCAAUCUCCUCCCAUCCAACUACGACGUCAAUAUCUUGUCAGCACCGAACCACUUGCACAGAAAAUCGAACGUGCCAUCAUCAAUCAGCCCUUCCUUGCUAUAGCACUGCUCGCCUCCUAUGACCUGUCUCCACGUGAAAUCGUGACACUUCGGGCCUGCACCAUCGUUGCCGAUAGGGCCGUUGUCUUGGUGCGCGAUGCAUGCUUUCUCGCCCUUGUCGUCGUUGAAGGUCUCGGAGCCGUCGCUGUUGUUGUCGAGGCAGUAGCCGAAAUAUCUUUUCCCCAGGGCGCCGGUGGUGAGGUGGGUGAGACGCAUGGUUGGUUGUUUUUGAGGGGGUUGUUGUGGUGGUGGUAAGUUGUGAGGUUUGAUUUUGUGGAUGUGGAUGUGGAAAAGAGUGAGUGA